GCCGGCGUCGCCGCCAUCUUCGGAAGUAUGGCAGCCUGCGGCUGGUGCCGGUGCCGGGCGGCGCUGGCCCUCCGGGCGGUGGGCGGCAGCCGCUGGGGACGGCGGGGGGCGGCACCCGAGCCGAGGGCGGUACAUGUCACCUCCCCCAGACUCUGCUCCGAGAGGGAGAGUAGCGUGUCUUACCAGGAGCUCAAGAACCUGAAGAAAGCAAACGUCCUCCACAUCGAUGUUCGAGAGAGGUGGGAGAUUGAGAGAGAUGGGAAAAUCCCGGCGUCCAUCAACAUACCAUUGAAUGAAUUAGUGGAAGCUCUGCAGAUGAAUCCAGCAGACUUUAGGGAGCAGUACAAUCAGAAGAUGCCUGCCAAGUCAGACCAUGUGGUUUUCUCCUGCUUUGCAGGAACAAGAAGUAGACAAGCACUGAGUUUUGCUGCAUCCCUGGGUUUCAGCAGAGUUCAGCACUAUGCUGGUGGCCUUGAGGACUGGGCAAAACAUGAAUCGCUAGAGAAAAAAUGAAGAUUGACAUCCUCCAGCUCCUGCCCCAACUUCAGGAUGCU